AUGGUGUAUGGUGAUUUGGGUUGUGAGAUUGAACAUGUUCUUCAGUUAUCUGUUGUUUCUUUUGUGGCAAUUCAGUUGCAUUUAGGUUUCAAAAUGGUAGCACAAGAAUUCACUGUGGAUUUAGAUAAGCCUCUUGUCUUCCAGGUUGGCCAUCUUGGAGAAGCUUAUCAAGAAUGGAUUCACCAACCUAUUGUCAGCAAGGAAGGCCCACGAUUCUUUAAAAGUGACUUCUGGGAGUUUCUUACAAAAAACGAGUGGUAUUAUAUUCCAUCAAUUUGGCUCCCAGUUGUAUGUUGGUAUACUUCAAAGUCAUUCAAGAUGGGGCUUUCACUUCCUCAAAUAGCAAUAAUACUUGUUUUGGGUAUUUUCAUUUGGUCAUUCAUGGAAUACAGUCUUCAUCGUUUCCUUUUUCACAUCCACACCAAGAGCUAUUGGGGCAACACCCUUCAUUAUCUUCUUCAUGGUUGUCAUCACAAACACCCUCAGGAUGGAUUACGCCUUGUUUUCCCUCCCACUGCAACAGCAAUUCUCUUGGUGCCAUUAUGGAAUGUGUUGAAACUGAUAUCCACACCUACUGUUACUCCUGCUUUGUUUGGAGGUAUUUUACUUGGUUAUGUGAUGUAUGAUGUCACACAUUACUAUGUGCACCAUGGUCAGCCAAAAAGCCAAGUUCCUAGAAGUCUCAAGAAAUAUCACUUAAACCAUCAUUUUCGGAUCCAAAACAAAGGAUAUGGCAUAACAUCUUCUCUUUGGGACAAAGUGUUUGGAACAUUGCCUCAAACCAAAUCAGCUGAGAAAGAAAGGAAGCAAAUGAAGAUGCAGUGAAUGAUGAUGAAUCAUAAUAGUAGGUUUCCAUCUGGUCAAGUCAACGUUCUUUGAGACAUGAGACAUGAUUUAGUAUAUUUUAGCAUGGUUUUGAAUGUAAUUUUACCUUGAAAUUUAUGUGGGUUUUGAAAUUAUUUAUUUAUUUGGUCAUUGUAAGUCGUGUCUUGUUUCGUAUUCUCAUUAGAAAGUCAUGGGAGAAAGAGUAGGUGUCUUGUCAGUUGUCAUCAACAAUAAAUAGAGGGAAGAGGCCAAAACUCAAAACUCAAAAGUCAAAAGCAUGUGGUGUGUAUAUUCUGCCUUUUGGUAAAAGGAAGUUGCUUCAUGAGUUUGUUCUUAUUGAAAUGAUGGGUUUUGCAUCAAUGGUGGGUUUUGGGAUGAAGACGAAUUAACAUAAUUAAUUUUUUUUGGUUCAGAUGUUAGGUGAUUGUGUUGGUUUGUUAUUUGUCAUAAUUUAUUGAAAGUUUGUUUAUGGUGUUCCAUGUGUUUAUAAUGUAUUGUGUUGCCUUUGACAUGAUUCAACCCAUUUUUUUUUUAAUGUAAAACGUGACUGUUGAAGAUAUUCUAGAG